CCCUCUUCUCUAUCGUCGCAGCAACGAUGCCAAGCGCUUUCCGCCCUCCUUCAGUCGCCGCCGCAUCCGAGAGAAGCUCGCCGAGGUUUCGGAGAGAUAUAGCGCGCUUCUCUCUCUCGAAUAUGCGGGACGGGAGCUGUGUCUACGCUAUCUCCGAUCGCUCCGACGGCAGCAAGACAGCGCUCCAGCAGCAAACAGCCCAGCUUACCACCUUCGAGAAGCUUCCGAACAAGCUUAUCUCUUCUACGCCAGCAGAGGAGUGCUCAUCAACACCAUCAACACCAGUAGACAGCACACCUGUGCAAGCAGAUCCAAACAGGCUUGGUGACUCCCGUCAGCCUCAGGCAACACAGCCAAGUGUGAGCGACACAGUGUCUCGCGCAGCAUGUUCCUCGAGCGGCAUCAGCAGAAGCGACACCAUCCCUCGUCCAGCCGCAAUGGCGUGGUGCUCCCGCCGCCGCCGCCGUCUCACCCGCCCCUGCCCCUCAAGCACCCAAACCACGACCCAUCGCCGCCCUACACGGGCUCUCCCGUCGGCAUGUUGGACGUGUACAUCAAGCAAGCGGCACCUGCGUCGCCCUACCCGAUCCAGCUGUCCAGCCUCAGCACAUGCAACUCGGGUCUCUCGACCAGCGAUUCGUCAUUCUUUGGCUCCUCAGGAGGAGACGACAGCAACGGUGGUGUCGACGAGGAGGUGCCUCUGUCCUUCCUGGUCCGGGCCGUCCACCCCCCGCCGCCGCCGCAGCAGCUGAGCAAGUCCGCCCACCACAAGACGGCGCCGUCCCCGCACGCGCAGCCGCGCCCCAGCGUUGGGUCGACCAUACCACCUGCGUCGACAUCUGCCCCGCUCCCCGACCCCAACAACAACAACACGCCCAGCAGCCCGGUGCCAUCCGACAGUUCGCCGUCGGUGUACGCCCGGCUGUCGCUGCCCGGCACGCCCUUCUUGCCGGUCGUGAAGGAGGCCCCUUACGAGCCGCUGCUGACCGAGGAUGUGUCGUGCACCAGCUCCAAUGGACAGGCGGGCAAGCUCUCGUGGAGCCCCGCACUCAACACCACAUACGCCGGCAGCGGCACUGGCAGGGCCAAGAAGGGGAGCGCCAAGCUCCCCGGCAAGGGGGAGGUUGAGGGAGGGGACCUGCCGGGCAGCGUGUCGCCCUCGGACGUGUCGCCGGGCGCAUCCCCGCCAUCCAAGCCCAUAUACGAUGUACGUACGUCACGUCACUGACUGAGGCACACGGACACACUCACACACACGCAGUGCACUGCAGCCCUCGCUUCCUUCAAGUGCUAACUCAUGUCAUGGUGUGGUGUGUGCCUUUAUGUCUGUCUCUGUCUGUGUUCAGGGCAAGGUGCCGGUGAGCCGCACGUUCAUCCACUUCGAUGAGCACGACGCCAAGAAGGUUGCGAUAACGGGGACCACGUCGCUGACGUCAUCUGGCCUGGAGUCGGCGACCAAGGGCAGCCAGCGGCGUUCGCAGUCGGUGGCGGCCAACCCGCUGUACUCGCGGCUGGGCGGCGAGUCGCUCAACAUCGGUUCGCUGGGCCAUGUGGAGGGCUUCCGCUGCUGCCCCAACAAACGGUGCUACUGGUUUUACACCGAGAGAGGCUGCAUGCGCGGCAAGUAAGCAACCAACACUACCAAGACAAGAGGGAGGGAGGGGAAGGGAGAGGCAGACAGAAAAGACUCACACACGUCCUUGCUCAUCUUGCCUGUCUGUCGCUGCCUGUCUGUCUGUCUGUGGUUAGGUUUUGCGACCACUGCCACUUGUGCCUUCCCCGUGACAAGAAGGCGCAGCGCCACAACGGUAGCCGCAGCCCGCAGCCCGCGUGCGGCCACGGGCGACACCGACACGCACACAGGCGAUACACGUCAAGUGUGGCCGAGGGGCAAGUGUACAGGCAGAAGGGCGGCAAGCUCGUCACCACCACAUCCAUACAGACUGAAGGAGGCAACAACACACCUGACAACGGCUCAUUCGGUGAGAAUAGAGACAGACAAGACACCCACAAUGGGCACAAGCAGAGGGCAUGUCCCAUCCAUGUCUGUCUGUCUGUCUGUAAUCAGAUGUGUCUGGCCACCAAGGUCGAUCCGGUCGCCGUUCCACUCUUCCAGCCGCCAUGCCGCUGCCGCCCCUGAGCAGACACGGCUCCCGCCGCAACUCGUUGCACCCGUCCGAUGCAGCAGCGGGGCUGCUCUCGCCCCAGCAGGCCUUCCAGCAGCCCCUCUCGCCCUCGCCCUCAUUCCCGCCGUCCCCGGCCGCAUUCUCCACUGUCAGCAUGCCGGUGCACGGCUACCAGGGUACCUCAAGCGAGGGACACAGCUCGCCGUCGCCCGUCUGCUCGCCGGCCCUGCCUUACACCGGGGGCCGCAUAGGUGUUGUGACCAGCAGGGGCGUCGUGGGCAGCAAACCUUGCGGGGUGAUGAUUGCGCUGCCGCCUGAGAGACAGUGAAUGGAUAGGAUUGAGUGCAUGGAAACAUGGAUGAGUGAGUAUUGAGGGACGCUGAAUGAGAGGGGGUAGUGGUGGUGGUGGUGGGUUGUGGGUAUGAGUGUAGCUAGCUACGUAGCUAGGUAGGCUUCCCUAUGAGAGAUGAGAGAGAGAGAGGGAGAGGGGUCAGUCAGGUCUUGUAGCCUGUUUUUCAAGCACAUCCAUCCGUCCCUCCGUCGGCCGAUCGAUACAUCCAUCCAUCCAUCGGUAUAUAUAAUAAGGCUGGGCUGCUCCCUCAUGGCUGGCAUGGAUGGCACUCAGUGGUGCUUACAUACAAUGCAAGUGCGUACGUUGGUGCAUUCCUUCCUCCUUGCCUACUUCCUAACUUGCCUACUUACUACUCUACUCGACCGACCGACCGAUUGACGUGCAAGGGGCGACGUGACGUGUAUUUUAUAGCACUGACACGACACGGCAGCCGAGGGCGGGGCGCUACACUCUCCGCCACGCCCGUCUGCCUGUCUGCCUGUCUGUCUGUCUGCCUGCCUCUGCCUAUGGUCCUGCUUGUUACCGUCGCCCUCCUGCAUGUGUGUAUGUAUCUGUGUAGCCGUGUACGGGUCGGUCGGUCGGUCGGUCGGUCGGUCGAUGGGUGUGUGUGUGUGUGUGUCUGACUGGUGGGUCAGUUGUUAUUGAGAAUUUUCCACCUGUGUGUGUAAGGGUUGGGUUUGGCUGGGUGGGUGGGUGUUCCCAUCUGUGAAUAACGACACAGGCGAGUCAAGGAAGGAAUGGAGUGACUGUGUGUCUGUGUGUCUAUUGUGUGUCUGUGUGCGGGAGGGGGGGGGGGGGGGG